AUGCGUGCUAUUCUUGGCCUCAUCUUUUCGGCUGCUGCCGCCAUGGCAGAAAAGUUUACCAACCCUGUUAUCUGGGAAGAUCUCUCCGACGUGGAAGUCACUCGCGCUGGAGAUGCUUACUUCAUGACGGCCUCUACAUUCCAUUACUCCCCCGGUGCUCCAGUCCUUCGAUCAUACGAUCUUGUCAACUGGGAGCACAUCGGCCAUUCCGUCCCUGUUCUCGACUGGUCCUCCAAGUACAGUCUUGAGAACGGACAGCGAGCUUACGUCAAGGGCAUUUGGGCUUCUUCUCUCCGGUACCGCGAGAGCGAUGGAAAGUUCUACUUUGUUGCUUGCAUUGAGUUCGGUAAAACCUAUGUCUACAGUGCUUCAAGCCCAACUGGCCCGUGGUCUCAGAUCACUACCAUCAACAAGUGCUAUUACGAUGCUGGCCUGCACUUCGAUACUGACAACACUCCUUACGUUGCCUUUGGACGCGGCGACCUUCACAUUGCACAGCUUUCGAAGGACAUGAAGACCGAAGUCAAGGAACAGGUUGUUCUAUCACCGCCAUCUACUCUUACCCUCGAGGGCUCUCGCUUGUACAAGAAGGACAACAACUGGUACAUCUUCUUAACCCGACCUGCAACGGGACAAUACAUCGCCAAGUCAACCAACGGUCCCUUUGGAACUUAUGAUCUCCGCAUCAUCGCUGAUAACCUCAAACUUGCCACUGCCCCUCGUGCUGGAGCACCUCACCAGGGCGGUCUUAUCGACACACCCAGCGGCAACUGGUACUACAUGUCUUUCGUGGACAUGUAUCCUGGAGGAAGAGCACCAGCCUUGGCACCUAUUACUUGGGGCAGCGAUGGUUUCCCCAAGAUCACUCUUGUAAAUGGUCAAUGGGGCGACUAUGACUACCCACUUCCCAAGCGCACUGUUCCUAGCCCUAUUGGCACUGAUACUUUCACUGGUCCCAACCUCCGAGCAGACUGGGAGUGGAACCAUAACCCCGAUACUAAGAGCUUUACUGUCAACAACGGCUUGACCUUGAAGACCGCUACUGUAACCAAGGACCUGUAUCAAGCUCGCAACACCCUCACCCACCGAAUCCGCGGCCCUCAAGGAACUGGUACAGUCCUCAUCGACUUCUCCAAGAUGGCCGAUGGUGAUCGUACUGGUCUCGCUGUUCUCCGCGACUCAUCAGCUUGGAUCGGCAUUGAGCGUGAAGGAAGCUCCUUCAACCUCGUUUUCAACACAGGCCUCAGCAUGAACACCGACUGGACCACCAAGUCUACAGGAAGUGUUUCAGCUCGACAGAACAACGUUUCCUACCGCAAGAUUUAUCUCCGUGUCACUGCUAAUAUCGCCCCUGGUGCUGCUGGAUCUGCUGUGUUCAGCUACAGCACGGACGGUAACAGCUUUACCAACUUUGGGUCUACUGUGUCGCUGGGUAAUGAUUGGCAGUUCUUCCCUGGACAUCGUUAUGGUAUUCUUAACUAUGCGACAAAGAGUCUUGGUGGAUCUGUCCUUGUUUCGCGAUUUGACAACAAAUAA